AGCUCUCAAAACUUCUGUUUGGUGCUUUCUCCUCCCCAAGAACUAGAAGACACCAUUGGUGGGCUGCAUAGAGACGCGUAGCACCUGCCUUCAUGGAACCAAUAAUUCAACACUCUUAAUCAUAUUUAAUCCCCCUUUUGCUUACCCUCCUAAUCCUCCACCCUUCCCUCCCCUCCAUCAUGGAGAACGCCUCCCCAGGAGAGACGGACAUGGAUGAGUGGGAAUACAUCUCUGAUGAUGGAGACGAUCAUGGCUUCCUUGAUAUCCAGCUUUCAAAGGAGAUGGGUUUUGAUCAGAAAGAUGUGAUCGACAUGAAUUACUUCAUCUGUCCAUCUCCUACUGCUUCAAGACGCGUUUUUGAUGCGUCUCGGAAUUCAAGUGGUCUGCUCCCUAGGGGGUCUCCUAAUCGACAUGUUCCGAUCCCAAUUCGAUUGGAACCACCUUCAGGGAAGAACCCAGAUCAUGAAUUUGUGAAAGACAUCGCUGAGGUUCCGAUUGCUAUGAUGGCUGAGAAGAUCGUAGCUCCGACUCUGGAAGGAGCAGUUACAGGAGAUCAAGAUAUGAUCUCGCAAGUCUUCUUCAAGAAAUUGAAGGAGAACGAAUUCGUCGACAUGAAAAUGGACUCACCCAAGUCCGGGAAUACAGGAAUUAAGCUUCAAGCAGAACUCGGAUCCAUCCAAUUUGAGGAGAAAGACUCUUCUAUACUGCCAGAAGAGCAAGAAAUGGUGAAGAACGAUUACUCAAAUUCCAAGAUCAAGGGAGAGAGCAACUGGGAAGAAGGUGGCGCUGAUGGGUUUUGCUUCUGGAAGUUGGGACUAUCUGGGAUUGGUACUCUGUGCUCUGUAGGUGUGGCUGCUGCCACUAUUUGCAUCUUCAUCUUCGGAAGCCAAAAGAGACAAAAGCAUCACCAGAACCAGAAGUUUCGUUUCCAGAUCUAUUCUGAUGAUAAGAGGAUCAAAGAAAUGGUUAACCAUGCCAACAGACUGAAUCAUGCUCUUUCAUCAGUGAGGGGUGUCCCCUUGGCCAGAGCUUCCAUAUCCUUUGGGGGUUACUAUGAUGGGCUUUAGACCCAUAAAAGCUAUGUCCUUUUAUCUGUUUCUUAUCAUUACAUCACUGAUUGCAAUAGACUGCAUCUGUAUAAACAAUGGAGGGAUUAAGGUGUUAGAUUCCUUCCCUGAAUAAGUGUUUUUCUCUUGUCCUUGUUCAUCUUCUCUGUUUCUUACAAAAUGCUCUUCAGAGUAUAGGAGCAAUAGUAUGACAGAGAAUCACCAUGUCUAUAUUUUGGUUGGGCCACUCAUGACGCCAUAUCCACUUAGGUCUUAGGUGGACACUUUGAAUUUGAACUGUAAUUGCAUCAUUCAAGAUUAAUGUAUCUUAUGGAGGAAGUUAUCUUAA